UUAGCACUAGAAAAUUCCAACGCUUUCGCCAACAUUCCAUGGGAUUGACGCUUUCCUGCAUCCACCGCCGGCAAGCGCACCAGCCGCCGCCGGCCAGGGUCGUCGGCGCCGACGGGUCGCUCAAGGAGCUCCCGGCGGUUUCCUCUCCCGCCGCCGUGCUCGGCGGCGCAGGAGACGCCUUCUUCGUGUGCAACUCCGACGCGCUCUACUUCAACGAGCGGCCGACGGCGCUGCCGCCCGGCGAGGCGCUCCGGCCCGGGCAGAUAUACUUCGUGCUCCCGGCGGCGAUGCUCGCGCAGCCGCUGUCCACCGCCGACAUGGCCGCGCUGGCGGUGCGCGCAAGCGCGGCUCUCGCGGCCGCCAAGGCGCCGCGCCGACGAGCUGGGCUGCGCGGCGGCGGCGGCGGCAAGAACAAGAAGAAGACGGUGCGCGUCGCGCCGCUGCGGGACGAGCAGCUCGACGGCGACGUGCUGCUCCACGAGAAGCUGAACGAGCGGACGCUGGGAGAGUUCCCGGCGUCGUGGAGCCCGCCAAAGAGCGGCGAGAAGCUCGCCGCGGCGGCGGCGGCGACGCGGGCGCGGCUGAAGCGGGCGCUGAGCAUCAUCCAAGAGGACGCCGAGUGAAGAUAGAUAAAGAUUCAAUUUUUACCAUUUCCUUUUAGGGGAAGCUUUUUUUUUUUGUUAGCACAAAGCUUAUAAGCUUAAUGUAAGCUUAAAGCUUUAAUUAAUUGAUUAAUUCUAGACUUAGAAAAAAUAACCAGGGUGAAAGAUUCACCGUAGUUCAAAAAACUACAAGAAUGUAAAAAAGAAAAAACACUAAUUUUGUGCAGUUUUUCUGGUGUACAAGAAAAUACUGCCGGUGAAAGUUCAUGCAUGAUUCAACGUCAUGUAUUGUUCAUAACCAUUCCGUAGUUGAGAAAACUACAAGAAUGUAAAGAAAAAUAUUUUGUACAAACCUUUUUCUGGUGUACAUUUCCAGACUCCGAUUACCAGUUAUGCAAAAAAAAAAAAGAGAAUUAAUUCAGGCUAUAUAUGUAGCACAGAACAAAAGCUACAUGUUACCAGUCAAUGGCAUUGUCCUCACGGUCACACUCGAGCUUUGUUCCAAUCGAAUCGUUCGGCCAAUGCUACGGCCGAUAAGCCAGAA